CAGAUUUGCAGGAGAGAUAUAUUAUACUAAUAAAGAGAGCUCUCCACUCUAUCCUGGGGCAAAAGAAAGAAGAUGAUGAGAAUAAUAGUAAAUCUACACUGAAAUGAUAACACAAAUCAGAUUUAGUUAAGCUAGUAAAUAAAUGGAAGAAGCAUUGUUAGAGGGAAGUUUGCGGGGACGAAGAUGGGGUGUGUUUGUGGAAGAGUUGAAGAAGGUUAGCUAUAUAGCAAUACCCAUGGUGGUGGUUACUGUAUCACAACACCUUUUGAGGGUUGUGUCUAUGAUGAUGAUUGGUCAUCUCAGUGAACUUUCCCUUUCUGGUGCUGCUAUUGCUAUCUCUCUCACCAAUGUUACUGGAUUCAGUCUCCUUUUUGGAAUGUCUAGUGCUUUAGAGACUCUCUGUGGACAAGCUUAUGGAGCUGAAGAAUACCGGAAGCUAGGAAUCUACACGAAUGGGGCAAUUAUCUCUCUGCUUGUGGUUUGCAUACCGGUAUCUGUUCUGUGGCUUUUCGUGGACAAAUUUCUUAUACUGAUAGGUCAAGACCCUCUUAUUUCCAUAGAAGCAGGCAAAUAUUCAAGUUGGCUCAUUGCUACUUUAUUUCCUUAUGCUAUUCUACAAGCAUUGAUCCGGUACUUGCAGACUCAAAGCUUGAUUCUUCCAAUGCUUAUGAGCUCCAUUGCAGCUCUUUGCUUUCACGUGCCUCUCUGUUGGGCGCUUGUAUUCAAGCUAAACUUGGGAAGUGGUGGAGCUGCAAUUGCAAUUGGAUUAUCUUAUUGGUUCAAUGUGUUCUUGCUUUGUUUAUAUGUCAAAUACUCUUCCUCUUGUGAAAAGACUCGUCUUUGUUUCACUAAAGAAGUUUUACCUAGCACAAAGGAAUUCUUCCAUUUGGCUAUCCCUUCCGCUAGCAUGGUUUGUCUUGAAUGGUGGACAUCCGAGAUAGUGAUACUGCUUGCUGGUCUCUUACCAAAACCUCAGCUUGAAACUUCAGUGCUCUCAAUAUGCCUCUUAGUUUCUUCGCUUAAUUAUUUCAUACCAUUUUCUAUUGGUGCUGGUGCAAGCACUAGAAUUUCUAAUGAACUAGGUGCUGGGAAUCCUGAAGCAGCUAGAAUGUCUGUCAUGUCAGUAACUGUACUCGGAAUGGCAGAGGCCAUAGUUGCAAGUAUCAUUCUUCUUUGCUCCUGUCGCAUUCUGGGAUAUGCAUUCAGUAACGAGAAGGAAGUAGUGGAUUAUCUCAGAGACAUGACUCCACUUCUUUGUCUCUUGAUUGCGACAGACUGCAUUCAGGCUGUACUUUCUGGCGUUGCAAGAGGAAGCGGAUGGCAGCAUUUGGGAGCUUAUGUCAAUCUUGGCUCAUACUAUCUGGUUGGAAUCCCAGUAGCCAUAUUGUUGGGUUUCUUUCUCCAUUUAAAAGGGAAGGGGCUCUGGAUAGGACUAAAUGCAGGCUCAUUAGUACAAUCUCUUCUGUUUUUCCUUAUAACAUGUCUCACAGAUUGGCAAAAUCAGGCAUCAAUUGCUAGGGAAAGAAUAUUUCAUUCAAAAGAGUGUGCGCGCUUACUGGCCAACUGAAAACACCAAAACUUCUUAUUCUUAGCUUGAAUUCAAGAAGACAAAUUAUAUAACGAGGGUUGAUGAAGAAGGUCCAUUGGGAUUCACAAAAAAAUAAAUAUUUGAGAAAGUCUUUUUAUAUGAUCUUGAUCAUCUCAUGAGCUAACAAACGUCCAUUUCUUUAACUAAUUAGAAUCUCUUUUUAACUCUCAAAGGUCGUUUGAUUGUUGGGAUGGAAUAGACAAUAAUAUCACACCUUUUUACUAAUACUAAAAUGAUGGGAUUCGAUAAAAUAAUAGCAUGAAAUAUCUUGAAAUUAUAUUAUCUUAUUCCAUGAACUUAGACUUGGCUCUCUUUAUUUGUUGUAUAAAGCAACAAAAUGUAAUAAUUCAAAAUCUAGGAGAAGGAAACCAAUCAUCUUUUUAUAAUUACCUAUAGAAGACUAGUAAGACAACAAGCUAUAUAUAAGUUACAUAUAUGAUCAUAUAUAAGUAGUUGCUCAGACAGUAAGCAUCCUCUGCUAUCCUCCUCCAGCUCCAGCUCCAACUCAAUACUAGUACGGUGGAGAUGGAUGAUGAUAAUGAUCAUAACUAUACGGUGGAGGAGAAGGACGAGGUGGUGGUGGUGGCCCUAGAGGUGGUGCAGGGGGUGGAGGUGGAGGAGCAUAAUCGUUGACAAGUACAACUACUGGAGGAGGAUAAGGCGGUGGUGGUGUAUAUACACCUCGAGGUGGUGGUGGUGGUGGUGGUGCCAAAUUAUGGGUGGGGUGGGGUGGUGGACCUGGUGGUCUUGGUGGAGAAUGUCUUCUAUGGUAUGCCAUAAUAGUAGAGGGAGUAUAUAGUGAUUUUGUUGUGUGUGU